AUGGCUAAUUGUUGUGAAAAAUGUGUUCUUGCUGGGUUUCUCGUCGUGUUUUUGAGAUUUAUCGGUGUGGACUGCGGCGAUGAUGGGUCUAUUUUGCUGGAGAUGAAGAAGUCAUUCAGAGAUGUGGAUAAUGUGCUGUAUGACUGGACUGACUCCCCAUCUUCAGAUUAUUGUGCUUGGAGAGGGAUUACGUGUGAUAACGUCACCUUCAAUGUUGCUGCUCUUAAUCUUUCAGGAUUGAACCUUGAUGGAGAAAUUUCACCUGCAAUUGGACAGCUGAAAGGCCUGGUCUCCAUUGAUUUGAGGGGUAAUAAGCUGUCAGGGCAAAUCCCGGAUGAGAUUGGAGACUGCUCCGCAUUGAAUAGUUUGGAUUUGUCGUUCAACGAGCUCUAUGGUGAUAUCCCUUUCUCGAUUUCAAAGCUAAAGCAGCUUGAAAACUUGAUUUUGAAAAAUAAUCAAUUGAUUGGUCCUAUUCCCUCAACACUCUCUCAGAUUCCUAACCUAAAAAUAUUGGACAUGGCUCAGAACAAGCUAAGUGGAGAAAUACCAAGACUAUUAUAUUGGAAUGAGGUUUUGCAAUACCUGGGGUUGCGAGGAAACAACCUACAGGGCUCACUCUCUCCCGAUAUGUGUCAGCUAACCGGCCUGUGGUAUUUUGAUGUUCGAAACAAUAGCUUGAGUGGUUCGAUUCCGGAAAGUAUAGGAAACUGCACCGCCUUUCAGGUUUUGGACCUGUCGUACAACAAUUUUACUGGGGAGAUCCCAUUCAAUAUUGGGUUUCUCCAAGUUGCGACGCUGUCCUUGCAGAAUAACCGUUUUUCUGGGCAAAUCCCAACAGUCAUUGGCCUGAUGCAGGCACUUGCUGUGUUAGAUCUAAGCUUCAACAUGUUGAGUGGCACAAUCCCACCAAUUCUUGGAAAUUUGUCUUACACAGAGAAACUAUAUCUCCAUGGGAACAAGUUAACUGGGCCAAUACCUGCUGAACUUGGAAAUAUGACAAAAUUGCACUACCUGGAACUGAAUGAUAAUCUUCUCACUGGACGUAUUCCUCCCGAACUUGGAAAGCUCACUGAUUUGUUCGACCUAAAUGUAGCAAACAAUCGCUUGGAGGGGCCUAUACCAGAUAAUCUUAGCUCUUGUACAAAUCUGAAUAGCCUCAAUGCACAUGGAAACAAAUUGAAUGGAAGUGUACCCCUAUCAUUUCAGAAGUUGGAAAGCAUGACCUAUUUGAACCUAUCCUCCAACAACCUCAGGGGCCCCAUUCCUAUAGAGCUAUCUAGGAUCGGCAACCUGGACACUUUAGACCUCUCAAACAAUAAGCUCAGUGGUUCUAUGCCGUCUUCUCUUGGCGACUUGGAACAUCUCCUAAAACUUAAUUUGAGCCAUAAUGGAUUGACCGGGUUUAUACCUGCGGAGUUUAGCAACUUGAGAAGUGUAAUGGAAGUAGAUCUUUCAAAUAACUACCUAUCAGGUCCAAUCCCACCGGAACUUGCCCAGCUUCAGAAUGUUUUCAUGUUGAAUUUGGAAAGAAACAACAUAUCGGGUGAUGUAAUGUCUCUUGCUGGUUGUCUCAGUCUCACAGUACUGAAUGUAUCAUAUAACAAUCUUGUUGGUUAUAUUCCUUCCGGAAAUAACUUCUCUAGGUUUCCCCCCGACAGUUUCUUGGGCAACCCAGGUAUUUGUGGCUAUUGGCUGAGUUCUUCAUGUCAUCAAGCCCACACAGCUGAGCGAGUUUCAAUUCCUAAAGCAGCUAUACUUGGAAUAACUCUGGGCUCCUUGGUUGUUCUUCUUUUAAUAUUGAUCGCUGCUUGUCGGCCACACAACCCAAAAUCAUUUAUCGAUAGCCCACUCGACAAACCAGUUAAUUACUCGUCGCCAAAGCUCGUUAUCCUUCACAUGAACAUGGCACUCCAUGUGUACGAGGACAUCAUGAGGAUGACUGAGAAUUUGAGUGAGAAGUACAUAAUCGGUUAUGGGGCAUCGAGCACCGUCUACAAAUGCGUGCUCAAAAACUGCAGGCCAGUGGCUGUCAAGAAACUCUACUCACACACACAUUGCCUCAAGGAAUUUGAAACCGAGCUGGAAACAGUCGGGAGUAUCAAGCACCGGAACUUAGUCGGCCUCCAAGGAUAUUCCCUUUCACCUUCCGGAAACCUCCUUUUUUACGAUUACAUGGAAAAUGGAAGCUUGUGGGAUCUCCUUCAUGGGACAACUAAAAAGAAAAAACUUGACUGGACCUUGCGUCUUCGCAUAGCACUGGGUGCAGCCCAGGGGCUUGCCUACCUGCAUCAUGACUGCAGCCCACGGAUCAUCCAUCGAGACGUGAAGUCAUCCAACAUUUUGCUCGACAGGGAUUUCGAGGCCCACCUCACGGAUUUUGGCAUUGCAAAGAGGCUGUGCCCAUCCAAAACCCACACCUCGACUUACCUCAUGGGAACAAUUGGUUACAUCGACCCAGAAUAUGCUCGAACUUCUCGUCUGACCGAAAAAUCCGAUGUCUACAGUUAUGGGAUCGUUCUUUUGGAGUUGCUCACCGGGUGGAAACCCGUGGACAACGAGUCCAAUCUCCAUCAUCUGAUACUGAACAAGGCCGCGAGCAACUCGGUUAUGGACACGGUCGAUCCUGGGAUCUUGGAAACGUGCAAGGAUCUUGGGGAGGUGAAGAAGGUGUUCCAGCUGGCGCUUUUGUGCACCAAACGACAGCCAACCGAGCGGCCGAGCAUGCAUGAGGUUGUACGAGUUCUUGGAUCAAUGGUGCCACCUGUCACAGAACCCGAUAAUGGUAAGCCGUUUGGCACACCUGCUCCACUACUCCAGUCGGGUAAAGUCCAGUGUUAUGUAGACGAGUAUGCGAAUCUGAAAGCGCCACACUUGGUCAACUGCUCGUCUGUAAGCACCUCGGAUGCGCAGCUUUUCCUUAAGUUUGGGGAGGUGAUUUCCCAGAACAGUGUCUAA